AUACAGUUUGUCAAACCAAAUCUUCGACCGAGGCUCGAUCUUUCCGACGUCAAAGGCAAAGCGUCAGAGGUGCUUUCAACAGUAAAAGACGUGGCCACGAAAGCUGUCUCAGAGGCUGCGUCGAAAGAGACAUCAAUUACCAGCUUAUUGGAAGAAUUGCCAAAGGAAAUAACCCUAGGAUCCCAGAAGCUGUGUAUACGAUACAAGGACGUCCAGUGUCGGUCGAUACCAUCAAAUUUCAAUUCUUGGUUUCCGGAGCCAGUCAUGCAAUUGAUCUCACAUCUCUCAGACAAUCCC